AUGAAGGGAACACUGCGGUUCGCCCGGAAAAGAAGCAAAGCUCCCCACAAUCCCAUGACACGGAAGACCCGUGAGAGUGAUCAACAGAUGCGGCGUACGGUGGCCGGAGCGGCGAGGAGGGGGAGAACGAGCCCAGGUGUCUGGCUGUGGUCUCUCGACAUUUGUAAGGACUACGAGGAGAUUGGUUUUUGCGGCUUUGCAGACCGCUGCAAAUUCCUCCGUGACUGUUCAGAUGACAAGCACGGGUGGCAGAUUGAGCACGGACUUGAUGAGCAUCCCUGUGGCGUCGAAGAGGACGAAAACUACCAAGCGGCGGCGCUCCUCAGCACCGCCGGCUCUCAGCGCAUCAAUAGACCGCACGUGCGGGAGGCUGUCAGACGGUUUGUGUCACUGAUGCUGCUGUCUGCUCCAGAGCUGGCGUCACGGCAGAGCAGCGUCCCGGAGCCUGGCAAAGCGAUUCGUCCAGCGGGCUUGUGUUCUCGCUUUUGUUCCCAGAUUGCCGUGACAGUUACAAGCGGAGGACGCUUCCCGAGGACGAUUCUGUUUAAGAAGCCCCUCACCAGGGGGGAGCUGAUACCCGCGCAAGGCCCCUCCGUCUACAGGAGGCCCUGA